AUGGCUGAACUAUCCACUACUGAAACAGCGAUGCCCGCCCCCGUCGCUUUCAAGCAAAGGAGCCGACGAGCCAAGAACAACCGCAACAAGAAGGCAGCGAUCUCAGCGUCCUCGACGAGUCAACGAAACCCCGAUCAAGAUCACGGCCCUACAGCCUUUCGCGCGAAUCGUGAAGUGCCAAUAUCAGAUACAAACGAUGCCACGAAGCGGAAGGACUGGUAUGAUCAGCCAACAACCAAGGGCCCCGCUCGCGCUGCUUCCAAUGUGCGCAUCACAACAACCUUCGACUUCAAGCCUGACGUUUGCAAAGAUUACAAGAAGACCGGUUUCUGUGGAUUUGCAGAAUCUUGCAUAUUUCUUCACUCGCGAGAAGACGAUAAGCAAGGAUGGCAGCUCGAUAAAGAAUGGGAAGUCGUGGUAAAGAGCAAGAAGAAGAUCAGUGAAGCUGUCGAGGAUGAGGGAGGCGCAGAAAUGCUGGACAAGAUUCCCUUUGCAUGCAUUAUCUACGAGGGGCCUUACAAGCAACCUGUCGUCACGCGAUGUGGCCAUUAUUUCUGCGAGGCAUGUGCCCUCAAGAGGUACAGGAAGGAUCCGACAUGUAAGAACUGCGGAGCUGCGACCAUGGGAGUUUUCAACACAGCGUCGAAAUUGGAGAGGCUGUUGCGGCGGAAGAGAGAGCGGGAAGAGAAGCGGGAUGGGGAAACACAAGAACCUGAUGGCGAAGGGGGCAUGAAGAGUUGA